UUUCCCCCCCUCCCACUCGUGAUACUUGGACUCAACCUCUCUCUCGGGCCAAUCAACGACUCCUGUUAUUUGGUCUAAAGUGCUAUGUACGGAAAUGAUUGAUCAAGUGGCAUGAAUGUGGUGGCCGUGCGUUUUUGUUUCCCAAAGCGGUAAAGAGAUUGUUCACCCUUCCCCCACUCCGGGUGUCCCGCUACCGACGCAGUGAGCUGCCGCCGUCGGCCCGCAUUGACCAAGGUGUAUAUACACACAGCAGCAGCGGUCCAAGAAAGAGUCGCCGACGCCGCUGAUCUCGGAAUAUGCUACAACGCCGCGUCGUUGAAGCUAGUGCUGCCACACCGCCGGAUUGUCUACCCGUCAUGAGCUACGCUUUUGUGUGCUGUGUUGUGUGUGAUCGUGCUUGACGCCGUCAAAAGCGUUCCGAUAUUUUCCGCUCCGGGUCUCCUUGUUUUCCUCCGACGCUUGCAUCCAUGUGGGCCGUGAUCUUGUUUGGGUGCCCCGGUCCGUGCCACCGUGCCUCACGAUCGGAUUGCUGAGUUUCAUCGCGGCAAACAGGCGGCAGAAGGAGGAGGUCGUCGUGUGGCGACAGGGGUUGGCCCGGCGGCUGGCCCCGUUCAUGUAGCGGCGGGCCCAUGGCUGGUGUCCGGCUCGGGGCGCUGCUGCACGCUGCGCCGCCGCUCCUGCUGCUGCUCCUUGCGCUGGGACCGGCACCGGCGCUGGGCCGAAGCGCCGCACUCGUCGCCGACCACCACUGGCCGCCCGAGCCAGGCAUGGCAAUGUUGAUGAAGCGGAGUGCCACCCAGCUGGCCCCAUAUCCGGCCAGCCAUUACUCUAGGAACCCAAAUCGCACGAUAUGUGGCCACAUCGAGGUGCGGAACCGGGUGGGCAGCCUAGUGUCACAGCUUGGCAACUGCUCAGUGGUGGAAGGCUCGCUCAUGGUCAUGCUGACACGUGCGGAUGAAGUCUGGGCAAAUGUGAGCUUCCCCCGCCUGACGGAGAUCACAGGAUUCUUGUUCUUCUACCGAGCCAUGGGACUUCAGUCGCUGGGACGGCUGUUCCCAAACCUGGCUGUCAUCCGGGGGAAUCAGCUAUUUGAGAACUAUGCCCUCGUGGUGUAUGAAGUGGAGUCGCUGGUGGAGCUGGGGCUGUCACGGCUGACUGACAUCCAGAGGGGGGCCGUGCGCAUUGAGAAGAACCCCAACCUGUGCCACGCAAACACGGUGGACUGGAACCGCAUAGCUCCGCACGCGGCUGAUGGCCACCACAUUGUGGACAACCGGGACCCCUCUGAGUGCGCGCCCUGUCCUGAGCACUGCCCCUUCAGAGAUGGCCGGGGGGGCUCGGGCAACCGCCUCUGCUGGAACCGCGAGCGCUGUCAGAAAGUGUGCCCUUCGGUUUGCGACCGGAACCACACUACCUGUGACAAUGAGGCCGGCACGCGCUGCUGCGACCCCAAGUGCCUUGGUGGCUGUGGUGCUGGCUCAGAACGGGAGCUAUCAGUCUGCACAGCCUGUCUACACUAUACCUAUGAGAAUGGCUGUGUCAACACCUGCCCACCAAAUACUUAUGUGUUCAUGGGACGGCGCUGUGUGGAUGAGGCAUACUGUCGACGCCAAGAGGCAACAGUGGAAGGCAGCGUCUGGACCUUCAUUCCCUUCAACGGUUCCUGUACACUUGAGUGCCCACCCAACUACGUCCGUGAGGGCCAAACUUGUCGCCAAUGCCACGGAAUUUGUCCCAAAGUGUGCUCGAGUUUUCUGGUUGACAGCAUUUCAUCUGCCCAGAAGCUCAAGGGGUGCACAUACAUCAACGGGUCACUGGUCAUCCAGAUUCGAGGAGGAGGGAACAUAAUGAGGGAACUGGAGGCCAAUUUGGAUAUGAUAGAGGAGAUCAGAGACUACCUCAAGGUCACACGAUCAAACCAACUCAUCUCCUUGAACUUUCUGAAGAACCUUCGGAUCAUCCACGGCAAGGCGCUUGACCGAACAUACUACUCUCUCAUCGUCCUGGACAACCAGAACCUGCAGCUGCUCUGGGACUGGUCAAGCCGACCGUCCAAUCGCACACUCACCCUGAGCAGUGGCAAGGUGUUCUUUCACAUCAAUCCGAAGCUGUGCAUGAGCCAAAUUGUGGAGCUGAAGAACCACACGACCAUCACGGAGUGGAGCGACCAUGACGUAUCGCCACACACCAACGGAGACCGGGCAGCAUGUGAUGUUCACAAGAUCAACGCCACACUUAACAAAGUGGGCAACAAGUUUGCUGUCAUCAACUGGUCCCUGCAGUUCGAGCAAGAGAUCCACGACAGAAGGUCUCUUCUUGGCUAUGUGGUGUACUAUCGCGAGGCCCCGUUCCAAAACGUGACCCUCUAUGAUGGUCGGGAUGCUUGCAAAGGAGAUGUGUGGAAGAUGGUUGAUGCAGACGUAGGUGUUGAUGUCCAGAUCAUUGCACACCUCAAGCCAUUCACACAGUACGCUGUCUAUGUCAAGGCCUACACGCUGUUCACAACAACUUCAACACAAGGAGCACAGAGCGAAAUCUUUUACUUCAAGACCCUUCCUGCAUCUCCAAGCCAGCCACAGAACUUAAAGGCACAUCCUGCUAAAGACUCUAAACUGCUCAUCAGCUGGGUACCGCCAAAGCACCCUAACGGGGACGUCCGGUACUACCGGGUGGUGGGCAUAGCGCAGCCCAGUGCUCCUCAACACCAGUACUUGGGCGAGAGCCGAGACUAUUGUAUCGACCCGGCACUGGGAAUUCGGGGCAAGCCAGAUGGUAAAGAUCCACUAGCCCCCACAUCAUCAGAGCCUGCCGACAAGCCAGUAGUGAAGCCAGCUGACAGUUCACCUGCAAAGCCACCAUCGAAUGACACCUGUCCACCAUGCCCGAGUGCUCGGGACCGUGAGGUCAAUGAAGAAGAAGUUGAGGAGCGAACCAGCUUUGAGGACGCCAUACACAAUGUUGUCUUCCUGAGAAGGCCAAAGAAGGACUCCUCGGAACAGAGCAGCGCAGGAGAGCGGCACAAGCGCUCUUACCUGCAAGGUGGAAGUGAGGCAGGGCGUGACAACGACCUGGAGGGGGAGAGCGCACACACUGUAGAAAUCACCACUUCUCCAGCACCGCUGUCCCUGCCCUCCUCGGCGCUUCCGCCGACUCCCUUUAGCUCGCCCGCUGCUAUAGCUGGCAGUGGAAGCGGAGGCUCCUCCGUCAAGGAUAUGCUGGAUGUCUUCGACGCGUGCAGCUCGUCUAGUGGCAAUGCAUCCUCUGCAGAACACCAUUUUUGUUCCUGGGUGUCGAAUCAGACGCAGAUGCUGCAAGAAGGACUGCAUCACUUCACAGAGUACUCAAUACGGGUCCUUGCUUGUCACAAAAAGUUGCUGAGCCGGGUCAAGCAGCCUCUCUAUGAUUGCGAGACUGAUGCUAAGUUUGAGAAUGAGCCUAUGUGCUGCAGUGUUGAGUCCCUCACACGGAUCCGCACACUUCCUCUGGCUGACGCAGAUGACAUCGACAGCUCUUCAGUUGUGGUGCAGCACGAGAACACCACCUCCUUUGAUGGGAGCGCCGGUGGACUCUUCGUCAAGUGGGCACCACCACCGGACCCCAACGGUUUCAUUGUGUCUUACCAAGUCGAGUACAAAAUGGUCAACCAAGAAAAGUUCAAGCCGUUCCAGUUCUGUGUCUCCCACAGUGAAUUCUUUAGACACGGCGGGCGCGUUAUUCAUGGUCUUGCACCAGGUAACUACUCCUUCCGUGUGAUGGCUUCAUCGCUGGCUGGACCUGGAAACUGGACACGUCCGGUUUACUUCGUCAUUGCUGAACGCACGGAAGUAAUUUCUCAAGGAGCCAUAAUUGCCAUCUGCCUCGUGGUUGUGGUCAUCGUAGCUGCAGCUUCUGCUGCCAUGUGCUUCAUCUACCAGAAGAAGAAACGAAACCCAGAGGUUCCCAAUGGGCUUCUUUACUCUUCAACAAAUCCGGAGUAUGUCAGCUCAGUGUAUGAACCAGAUGAAUGGGAAGUGCCCCGCGAGUCCAUUCAGGUGGUGAAAGCACUGGGCCAGGGCUCCUUUGGCAUGGUCUACGAAGGAAUAAUCUACAAUCUGAAACCAGACAAACCAGAAACGAGGUGUGCCAUAAAGACGGUCAAUGAAAGUGCCUCAAUGCGUGAACGAAUAGAGUUCCUCCAGGAGGCAUCUGUGAUGAAGGCCUUCAGUUGUCAGCACGUGGUCAAACUGCUAGGCGUGGUGUCUAAAGACCAGCCUGUGUUUGUCAUAAUGGAACUCAUGUCGCACGGUGACCUAAAGAGCUACCUACGCUCACACAGGCCAGACAAUGAUCCUAAUGACGAGACCACUCGACCGCGAGGCACUCCACCCACGCUCAAGCAGAUCCUCCAGAUGGCAGCCGAGAUAGCCGACGGCAUGGCGUACCUGACAGCGAACAAGUUCGUGCACCGGGAUUUGGCUGCUCGCAACUGCAUGGUGGCGGAGGACCUGACCGUCAAAAUUGGUGACUUUGGCAUGACGCGAGACAUCUACGAGACGGACUACUAUAGAAAGGGGGGCAAGGGCCUGCUUCCUGUGCGCUGGAUGGCUCCUGAAUCGCUCAAGGAUGGAAUCUUCACCAGCCAUUCGGAUGUCUGGUCAUAUGGAGUAGUGCUGUGGGAGAUGGCGACAUUGGCCUCCCAGCCUUACCAAGGUUUGUCUAAUGAGCAGGUUCUAAAGUAUGUCAUCAGUGGCGGCAUCAUGGAGAAGCCAGAAAACUGCCCUGAGAAACUGUACCAGAUCAUGAAGCUGUGCUGGGAGCGCAUCCCACGGUCAAGACCAAACUUCCUGCAAGUCAUCGAGAUGCUCCUGAAUGACGUGGGACCCCACUUCAAGGACGUCUCCUUCUACCAUACCUGCUACCUCAAAAACCAGGAGAGGCGCUCGUCUGUGCCCAUGGAAAAGAAUGGUGCUGGCGCCACUGCUGGCGACUUUGACGAGGAAGAGGAGGAAGAGAACCUGACGGCAGAGACUCCGCUCUGCAACGCUCCCAGUGCCGCUUCAGAGCAGCGGCCUCGUGGCUUUGUGCCGGAUGUGUCGUCGCUCGACGACAUGGAUGAAGACCACCUGCAGCGAUGCUUCUCUGACGAGAUAGACGACGAUGAUGAUCCCGACAUGGACUGCUGCCGAUCUAGCCUUGAGCUUGGAUGCCGGUGAACCGCCUGUGUCGGUGUACAUGCCACCGUCGCAUGGUGGACAGAAUUCUCCUCUCCGUGAAGAGCAGCAGCAGCGGCCAGGUGACGAGCUCCCUCCCUCUGAUGGGAGCAAAGGGAGUAAGGUGAGCAACCUGUCCAACGGGAGCAUUGUGAAUGGACGCAUGUGCUUUCCACAGCUUGGAAGCCGGACUACUGCGUGCUAGCACUGGUCCACCUGAGGGCUCUGAGGGUCCCAGGGGUUUUCUGCGACACAGUGGGCGUGCCAGGUGGCUGAGGAGGGGUGAGAGGGGUUCCUCCCAGCAGGAGGCCCGUUGCAACCUCCCUUGCCUUCUGCCGUCACCAUUGUUCCUGUUUGUCCGCCUUGUGGGAUGGCGUGCUGCUCUCGGGCCCCACCUGGGUGUAGCACCCGUCAGCCAGUCCACACGACAAGGGCUAUCACACCGGCAGAGGAGGAGGCCCGACAGAGUGCACCGUGUGUUUGUGUUAGCCCUGAUGUGACUCACCCACUGCUGUGAGGUCUUUCUAGUAGCACACUUACUUAAUGCUGCUGAAAAAAACACAUUGCGGAAAUGCAGUUUUAGCAUUUCGGGUGAUGGCACAGCACAUGAAGGUAGAGUCUGUGGCUUUUCUGCAGUUCUUGUGUGCAUCUGGGGAGAGUCUGGGUCACUGUUGACCAAUAGAGGCUGCCCCGAGUGUGUCAUACUUGAGGGCUGAACAGUUGCUGUUGAAAACCACAUUAGUCCCAACUAUGUUGAUGGAAGUGUAGCUGCACAGGAUUUUCUUCGGAAUGCCACUGUAAAAGUUGUGCAGGCCUUCUCAGCAGGCCUGUAUCACUUAUUCUAGCACCUGAAACUGUCAGUCUGACUAAGGAUCACUGCUGUAGAUGAUCACCUCAUUCGCUUUGUCAUCUGCACAGAGGUGCGGUGAGCUCCACUCAUGGUUUAGAUGGAAGGUGCAGCCAUUGCUGUGGUCAUGGUACACUGUGUGUUCUGGAUGUGUUAAGCGUGUUUCCAGUGAACACAAGACUGAAUGCCUGCCAUGUAUCUUGGGGGACGUCUGUCCAGUUGCAGUCCAUCAUACAGCCUGACAUUUGUGCUGUAGCGGCAGUAACAUUAGCAAGUCGCUGCCUAGCCAUUCUGAUCGUCGAUUUGUAACAGCACGCCGCGUUGUGGUGACAAGCAGUUCAAAGACAGCAUUGUAGCCUUUUAUUGUAGUAGGAAGUGUGUGAGGAUCUUUUACGUGAUCGGGCAUUUCCACCUAACAUGAGUUAACAUUUGUGUAUAACCUUGCAUAGUGUUAAGGGUGGUUUAGAUAAAUGCCCAUCACGCGAUAUUUCGUGCUAGCAAACAAGGCCGCAGUUGCACUGACCAUUGCUUUUGGGGGUAAAAAAAUGAGCCUGUAUUCAAUGCACAGACUUUGGAAAUGGGCAAUGAAGUUUGCCCUUCAGAAGUGCAAGAGAUUUCACGAUCAAAGGAAGCAUGUCAGGCUGGUGCCUCCAGCACUUAAGCACUGUCAAUCUUGCUUACUAAAAGUGGCCACAACGUCACUGCACACAAGCCACGAGGUCAACGCUUUUGUUGGCAAGAGCACCAGAGCAACCCCCUUUUAAAAAGACUGAAGAGCAGCGUCUUUUGCUUUUGCAGUCGUCAUAGUCAUCCUGGAACUUUACUGUUGAAUGUGGCGGUUUUAGCCCUCAGGGCUUUUGACGACACGCUUUUGGUAUCACAUAACUCAUCAUUUCUUUACUCUUCAUGGCAUGUCCAUUUAGGCUAAAACGUCACCUCGGAGAGCAUCGCAUUGCCACAACUGUGCAUCAUGUAAACACAAUGCUGCAUGCGGCCUUGAGAUGUCAGCUAGUACAAGCCUGUUUUCCUGCAGUUACUCUCAAAAGCUCGUUCUAUUACUUUGUGUUAUCGCUGAACAAAUUUAUUUAGGGUCACUGCGUACAUGUUAAAUAGCACUUCUGCACUGAAUCUGCUUUGGAAAUUGCCCCAUUUCAUUCGUAUGCACUAGCCUUGCAUAUGUAUUGCACUUGCCUACUCUAAUGUCAAGGCAUUUUGUUUGGAGAGGAAGGGGUUAGGGUAACAGCACAAGGUAUACAAGCGGGUAUGCAUCUGCAUAUGGCAGAAAAGUCAUCUUUUACCUAAAUCGUCGUUCUCUACUUUUUUCUUUUUUAAUUUCUUCCGCAUGCUUCUGGCUGGUGCUUCAUCAUGCCACCAGCUUAUUGUUUUUAAGUAUUUUAUGCCACGAUCAUCACCACAUCUAGUCACAUCUUUUGCCUCUUCCUUUGUUUGUACGUAAUUGUGUAAGAUAGUUUCACUGAGCACGGGUGCAUUUGACCUGAAAUCACUGGCCUUAAAACCAUUUCCACUUAGCUGCAGUAGAGAAUGAACAAGGGGCGGGCCCCGUAGAAAUUUUCUUAACACCUGUGAAUUUAGUCUCCAGCCUCAUUUGCUCUUCUCUGUGGCGAGAUUGCACUCCCACAACAUUCAGGUUACUAUCAUGCCUAGGUUGCUCAUGCUUAUGUUUCCAUUCUUUUCCAUUUUCUUGUUGCAUCUGCUUUUGGCUCUUCGUUCGUGUUUGGUCUGCUCAGUGGCUGAAUGUAGUGCGAGCUCUUUUUUUUUUUCCCCCUUUCUGAGUGAGACAUUUUGUAUUGGUGUUGUCAGUGCAACUGCUGCCUCGCGUUUGUGGUCGAGCACAUGAACUUCUCCUCCCCCCUUAAGCUUCCUUUAUGUCCACUCGACAAGUUGCAUUGAAAUGAACCUUGCGUUGGUCGUUGACAUUUGUCGCAACGCACAUGAUGGCUAAAUAAUGUGAACACUUUUGUAACCGUGCAUGAAAUUAGCAGUUGUAUUGCGGCACGAUUGUUGACUGCUGCAUCUCCUGGGCCACCCGAUAUCACUCCAGCGCUCUUUUCAUGUGCCUAGCUGUGUGCGCCGCAGCCAUUGCGUGUUGUUGCAAACUUGCGAUCCAGAUAUGUGCAGUCAAUUGGCAGUGGCAGAACGACAUUGCUUUCCAUACGGGUGUUUUAUUACCUUCACUUUUGUUUGUUUGUUCAUGUUGCUUUACCAUGGUUUUGUUGUUCCAGUUGCCUUUAUCACCUUUUUUUUUUUCAUAUUUUAUGCUUUGUAUGUACUCCCCCCCUUUUUAUUGUAUCAUGCAUUCUUUUUUUUUCUAUUGCUGCCUUUGUCAUAUUAUUUGUGUUUAUUUCUAGUAAUGUGAACUGUUGUGAAAGGCUGGUGAAAACAGAGGGUGCAUGUACCCACUUCGUGUUUUGUUGCUCUUUGGAAGUACUUGUGCCUUUAUGUUUUCUUGUGGUCUUUAUUAUUUAAGUGUCCCGAAAGCAUCUUCUCUCUUUCUCAUCCUUUGCCCCUCCUUUCCCCCCAUUUGUGCGUGCGAUGGUGCCAAAGAUGGUGGCGAGAAAACAGUGCUCACUGGGAGGAAAACAGCGUCUCAAUCUUUGGUUCGCUUGUAGUACCUUCAUAAGCUUGCCUGUACUCUCAUGUUGUGGCUGUGAUGCCUUAAGUUCGCUUCACAUCUCCAUACAUGUUUCUUUCUUUCUUCUCUCUCUAGUUGCAUGCAUCUUGCAAAGCUUUCAGACCGUCAAUUUCAUGCUGUUACGUCACAACUCCCGCCCUCAAGGCUGUUCCUGGUGUGCAUUGCACCACUGGUAUGUGCGGUGUCAGCCAUGUCUGGGAUUGCCCCGACUGUUGCAUUCGUUGCAGGAAGUGAUCACCGGAAAGGUGUUUUCGACUGAAUUUAGGGUGUUGCGCAUUACUUCAAGGCACCUUCUUCGCACCCUUAUGAAAUUUGGAUUUGUAUGUAGGAGGCCAUCGUCAGCAUUAACGGUUUGUGCACAUUGUGCUGUCUAAAGGGAAAUAAUUAAAGCUAACAUGAGGCGUCUUGCCAUCUGAAAAUUGAGGCAUAGCGGAUGUUGUGUGCAGCUAUGUGGGAAAGGAGUUUCAAUCAUAUUUCACAUUGGUUUUAUACUUUUACCCUUUUCUUGGGUGUCCUCCAGGAGCACUUCUCGUGUUUCGCUUAGAUUAGACUGGUCUAUUCAUCUUAGAUAGUUGUAGACAUUUUGGCCUGUUUCACGUAGAAGUCGAGCUUUAUCUUAAUUUCGCUGAGGUCGUUGUCUCAUGAGAUGACUUCCUGAAAAAUUUCAGUGGCAUCUGAUUGCUCUAUAUCUCUUGAACGUAUAUCUCUUGAACGCCACAUGCGAAUGAAUGCAUUAUCAUGGGCAUCGUGCCAUUGAAUGCACAUAUUGAUUAAAACAUAAUUUCAAGCAAAAUUAAGAGAUGGCCCACCCUUGGGACGUGUCAUAUUUUAUAGCUGUACAUUAGGUAAAGUUUCAUUGCCUACUGCUAGAACAAAAACCAUCCAUUCCACCAUAAUGAAAAUUUGCUUCCCAUCAAUUUAAUGUUAAAUUUUUUUCAUUGUGUUGUUGCUUUUCAAUUGAUGCACUCCAUGGCCUAGAGAUUGUAGGGACAACUUCCUCAAAACAGCCGCAUCGCAGCACGUGGUGUCACGUGCAGAAUGUUGUCUUGACUCACAACAUGCUGGACAAGAUGCCACAUCCUCCCUCCCACCCAUCCAUGACCUUACAUACUGUGGUAAAAAGCCUGCUUGUCUGUGUCUUUAGACUAUGUCUGUGGACUAUGUCUAUGGACUAUGUCUAUAGACUUUCCUAUUGACUAUGGAUGUUGCCUUCUUGUAGCUUACAACUUCCUUGACUAGAUAGAACGACUUGAUGCACAUCUUCUUUUGUGGGCCAUUGAUUUCCACUGUUUUAUUCUGCAAUUUUUUUUUUCUCCUUUUCAUUUUUACAUAUCAUUUUUCCCUGACUGAGGUUUUCUUUCAAGCAAGCUAUGUUCCUAAACGACGCCGGUUUGCGUCGGGAUCCGUCAAGUCAAGGUACAUUCCAAACAUGGUGGACGUUUACUGUUUUUUUUUUUUUUUUUUUUCCCUGGAAUUUAGGAGGCAGGCUUGUUUGAACUGGUGAAACUUUGACAACCAUCACUGUUUUUUAUUGUAAAGACAAGUUGAAUGGCUGCAUAUGCCGAGUGAAAAUCAUGGUCCACCUUUGCACGAAGCAAAAAGACAAAUGCUUUGUUUUCUUCGUAGAGUUGAAAUGGCAGCAAAAUUGUGGCUAAUCUCUCACUCUUUCUUUAUUUUUGUGUAUGGUCUCUUACCGUGUAAUGUAUGUUUCACUGCUAGUAUUUUGAUUCCAAAAUUGGUUAGAUGUGAUUCUUGGAAUUCAUUCUAUAUAGCAUUGCAUGUAAGGCAUUGCUUCAGCCUUUUCAUUGCAAUCAAAAUUUCAGUUUCCAGGUACUGUGCGCUCAUCACUUUCUUAAGAUUGAAAACAUGAAUUUGCAAUCUAGGUAAAAGAUCUCGUUUGCGUCACUGCUGCCUGAGGUGCCUUAGCUUUAAUUCUAGUGGUCCUGAUUACUUCUAGCUUUUUAGUGUGCUUUUUUUAAGCAGACUUUUUUUAAUUGCAUUUUAGUGGCAGUGCGUCGUAUAAUCGUGCUACAGUCAAAAACAUGAAAUUCAUUCAUUUGGCUUUUUUUGUGUGUGUAGGCACAUUCUUUUUGCUGAAAGACAAAGCUAGCUUGCAACAGAAAAUAAUUGUGAAAGCCUUCUAUUGAAUAUUCAGAGGAGAGCUGAAAUCUUGGCGUGCAUCCUAAGGUGAGGUUAUGCCUGCACGAAAGGGAAAGUGUCAUCAUGGCCACAUGUCGUAACAUCCUUCAAACUUAAAAACAGACUCUGGUUUCUGCCAUUGCUAUUUCUUUUUCUUCUCCAGUUAAGAUUGUUCUGGUGCAUCUCUCGUGUACUGCACUGCCUGGGCUGGCCCUCGUGAAGUAAUGACUGUCGGUUAAUCCUGUCAGCCCAUUUCGUCUGCUCGUUAGUAAUUAAUAUUUGUGUUCAUACAUGUACACAAGGUGCAUAUUGUGUCCACAUCACACACACACACACACUUUUUGCUUUCAUCCCAGCAUCAUCAACAUUGCAACAUAAUCCCACUGGACAGCGAAGCAGCGCAUAAUGUCAUCCUCAGAACAAAUAUGCAUCAUUCUCUAGCAUGCUUCUCGAUACAUUUGGAAUUGUGCACUAUGCCUCUCACCGCCUGGCCGUUUGGUUGGUUUGCACCUAUUUGCUCACAUUAUCUUUUCUCUGCCUUUUUGGUGAAUGCCUUCACAUUUGAAACAUUAGCAGUGUGCGAGACAUUUUUGCAUUGUGCUAGACAGGGAAGCCGCAUCCUUGUCACGCUGUUCUUGUUCACAGCAACCUGUACUUCAUCGCAUGGAUGCAUUGCCAAGAGUGUGAGAGAGGAAGAGCAUAAUGUGGUGAAGGCGGCGUCAUCUCCCAUUUUUACAUUUUAUAUACCAGGCUCUCUAAAAGGCUUCAGUUCUCUCUUUCCCUCCCCUGUUCUUAUUUUUUCCUUCUUAUUUGCAUGAAACACCUGUAGCACAAAGUGUCUAGCUGUUCAGAUCUGCCACUUGCUCAGUGCUACAAACACACUACAUAUAUGGAAAGCCAAUGCCUUUGUGUAGCAGCUCGAAUGAAGGUGACAAGACUGUCGCAAACCCUAUCAGAAUUUGAAGCCAUUGGCGUUUCGGAGUUCAUACACUGUAUCUGGCCGCAAGUGUCUGGUGUUGUGUCUGCAGUGCCGCUUUGCCAUGUCCGUGGUAAUCGGGGUGGAUGUCAGUGCAUACGCUCUAUGCUGUGUGGGUGUGUGUAUGUCAAAUGUACUUAAAGAAAUGGCAUGUGUAUCUAUGUCGGGAAGGUUGAAGCGUGUGCAAGUUUGAGCACACUUGUGAGAGACGCUGUGUGCACAUAAAUUCAAGGGUAAGUGCGAGGUCUGAAGCAUCGAGGACAGCAUUAAUUCAAACAACUGCGGGGUCAAUUGACUGCGCUCCUUUUUUUGUGACAACACUGUAUACAUGCACUGAUGACUUAUUCGCAAUUUGUGAUUAGCAAUCUCUUUUUAUUUUAUUUACACGAUAAUGCAGACCUCAUUGGUCCAAGCAGGAUGGGUAAAAAUAAUACAUACAAUAUUCGGAACGCUAAGGCAGCCACUGGGUACUGGUGAGUCACAUCCCCCCAUUUUCUUUUUUUCUGACACACAUCUCGGCAUUUGCAUGUACAUUUCUUACCAUGAUCCAUUCUUACUUUUUUUUAACGACAGAAGAAGUGUAUUUGUGCGGCGUGCGUUUUUAAAAGAGAAGGAUGAUUCCCCCGCCAUUGGCUCUUGCACUUUUGUUUUUCUCUGUCCUUGUGAUGUAUAUAGUUUGUAUUUAUUUCAGCUGAAGCAGCUGUGGAAAUGUGUGUGUGACAGUGUUUCUCACUUUCCUUGUAUUGCCUUAUCUCUUUCUCUCCUUCCACUUAUGCGAGGCAACCCCUCCUCUCAAAUGUGUGUACAUAUGUAAGAUAGGACACUGCAUCAUCUUGUGUUGGUAUGGCGACAUUAUACCAUUAUGUGUAAAUAUAUACAUAUGUAUUGUAUAUGGGGGUCAUUGGACCCACAUUGGACUUCAGUGCCAAUAUUAUGCGUCAUAAUAAACCAUUAUUUAUUUCUA